GUGCUCGCCGAGCGCCCGUCAGUGUGUGCUGUGAUCGGAAUCGCGAGUGGUAGUGCCUUGUUCGUAUCCCUGAGUCUCACAGGAUUUCGUACGAGAAAAAAAUCAUUAUGUUGAUACGGGCGGGGAUUUUGGCGGCAUGUCUGUUUAUAGCGAGUGCACAGAAGGAGCCUCGGAGGGAGGUGGACCUGGUGACGGAACCCAGGCCCGGGCAGGAGUUCGUCCAUGUUCACGCCUCCUCAGGCCCCUCCAAACCAAAUAAACACUACAUAAAAGGGGUGCAGGGCGACUCGAACGCGGGCGAGGUCUCGUGGGUGGCGCCGGUGAAGACGAAGCUCAAGUCACCCUCGAUCGUGAGCCCGAAGAAAGCGCAGGCGGCGUCGCCGGUAGAGCUGUCGCCGAUCGCCCCGGCCAAGGAUAGCCGACUCCUCCGGCUCACGUCGUACCCGGCGUCGCCGCAGGAAGCAGCACCGUCGCUCGACGAGGCCCACGACUUCGCCAGGCACAACAUCACCAGAGGUCAACUACUACACAAACCAGAAGAUGUGAGCAUCGAAGAUGAAGGAAUGACAGGCGUUAUCGACGAAUCUGCCGUCGCUACACCAGAAGAAAGAGCAAUUUUGGAGCAGAAGCAGCAUCGCACGAGCUCUUACGCAGUCGAGGAGUUCCCGGAGCUGGAGCUUCCUGCCAACCAUAAGCUUUCACCCAGCGAGGAAGACACGCAGCAGCACCACGAGGACCCCGCCGACGAGACCCGGCCCGGACAAAAGAAUAGCAACAUUGAGCGUGAAAGGCACUUAGAGAAAAAAGUUUUAAAUUUGGAAACAACUAAGUACGAGGUGAUCAAAUUUAACGAAGGAGAAACGGAAAGCAAAGAUGGCGGCUUGGGCAAGCCCUCCAAGAAGGACGAAGAUGAAGGACAGAUCGACUUCGUCGACUCGCCAUUGGCCGAUAAAGUACUCACCCCCGCCGGAACCUCGAAGGCCUCAAGGACAAGCAUAAAGAAGGGUCCGAACGGGCAGGACUACGAGUACGAGUACGUGUACUACUACUACGACGAGGACGAGGAGGACAACAACACGCGGGACAAAUCCCCGAGCCCGACGCCGACGCCGACGACGCCGGUCCCGACGCGGCGGCCCCCGACGUCGUACACGCCCGCGCCCGAGUACCAGGAGACGCCGCCGAGGACCCGCGGCAAAACCACCACCACCGAGUCCACCGCCAUUGUCUACGAGAACAGCUUCAGGUAUUCAAACACUGACUCAACAAUCGAAAGAGGAACACUGCCAGUAGCUGAGCCAGCCGCGAACGAAGUUUUACCCCCGUCCGGAUCCAGGUAUACAGGCAGAGGAAGGCAAUUGGCAGCAACGCAAGCCCCCGCAACGAACAUCCCAGUGCAAGAGGAAAACUUAGAGACGAACACCAGAUUCCCCUCCAGAGGUCGAACCACCACAAUUGCUACCGAGGACACUUACAUCCCCAUUCAAACAACGCUCCAACAAUCAGCCCCCGCAAAAGAGACGAGAGGACGCAACUCAGGAAAUGUCAAGAGGCCAAGCGUUGAGCUUGUGGACAGCAGCUCUUUCCAGCAUCACUCUAAUGGAGUAUCUGCACCUGAGCAGGAAUACUUUUCCCCACAGUACCCUCACUCCACCGACUAUGCGAGCCAGCCUUUGCCCACAGCAGUUGGCGACGACACCCUGACGACGCACUCUGUGAGCCCUCAGCGCGGGAGCCGAAUCCGACCAUCGCAAAACGUGGAGGAGGAACCCACCCUGGGCGUCCAGAGCGUGAGCAUCGGGAGCACCCAGAAGCAGGACCUCGAGGAGUACGUGAGCACACCCUCGAUCGACGUGGACGCCACGAGGACGCGCGGCUUCAGCUCCUUCCGCCCUCCCCCGCCUGCCCCCGAGGGCACCGUCGAGAUUGGAACCGGAACAGAAGCCGUCUCCCCCAGCAGCCUCGCUACCACCCCCGCCGCAGGCCCCAACUGGCGGGCACUCAACCAGAGCCCCAACUCAGUGACCGGCAGUAUGCCCGACAAAGCCGCCCUGGACCUGUGGGCAUACCUGCAGAAGACCCAGAACGACGAAUCCAACAACAUCAUCGACGACGAUCGCGCUCGCAGCGAGGACGGCAGCAACGAAGAGGUCGGUCCCGUCGUGGAGAUCUCGCCAUCCCUGUCCGCCUCCACGCCGUACCUGACGCCCUCCUCCACGCCCUCGCCCUCGCCCACCGCCGCGCCCACCACGACCACGACGACCGAGGCCCCCACCUCACCUUCCAGCACCUCCACGGUGGCGCCCACAGGGCGAGGCCGGUACCGCGGGUCUUUGACGGCCAACAGGAACCGCUUCAAGGUCUCCUCCACCGAACAGACGCCCCCCACCGAGGAAAACACCACGGCUCGCAGGAAGUUCACGCCCAGCCACCAGAGGGUACCUGGACAGGUAUCAGCGUACGGUCGCCGUGGGUCUAAGAAGACAACAUCUGAAGAUUCCAACACAUCAUCGACCGAAGCAUCUCAAUCAGCCGACGAAGCAGAAUCUCCUAAACCAUUCGGGAGUUCAACGAGAGGUAGAUACCGAGGCUCUGGAUCCAGAAACUCGGGCAUCUCAACGACAACAACCUCUGCACCAGUGGCCACAGAAACACGAAGCCGACCAACUUUCAAUGCCGACAGGUAUAGCAGGCGUAAAGGUGCAUCGAAUUUGAGAGCUACGUCCACGUCAGCUCCAUCAGAGUCCGAAUCCGAGAACAAAGAUGAAUCCGGAAAGAAAGAUGAAAAUGAGUCCGAAAAUGCAAGCUCCACAACUGCAAAACCAACCAUUAGGGGUAGAAUCAACGUUGAAAGGCCAUCCGUGCGCCCAUUGAGGCCAGGCCCAAGAAUCAGUUUAGGAGGAAGAAAUCGUCUUCCAACUGUGACCAAAGCUCCAGUCGCCGAAGAGGCAGAGACCUCACCUAGUCCCAGUAGCACCGCUUCACCAGUAGCAGAAGAUGCGCAGCCAAGCAAUGGAGAGACCCACGACGCCUCCAGCGAGGCUCCCGUGCCGAGCACAACGCCCGACGCCCUGACCCGGCUGCGCAACAGGCCCCGUCUCCACGUCCAAACGAACAAGAACACGAAGCCGGCCAGCCCAGCCUCAGCCUCGAGCCGCCGGCAGCUAGUCUCCGGCCUCCUGCCCAAGCGCCGCCCCAACCAGCCGGCCGCUGAAGAGCACAGCGAAGUUCCUGCCUCCCAGCCGCAAGAGGCCCCCGAAGAGGAGGCCGAGAAGAGGCCGGAGGCUGAUGCCGUGGCCGCCAAUCCCGCGGAGCCGGCCGAGCCCGCCGCCUCCUCCGAGCAGCCCUCGACGACGCCCGAGACGAAGCUCUCGUCGCUCAUCGGGCGCCGGAGGAACCUCGCUCUCACCGGGAGGAGACCCGGCACCCUCAGGCAGACGCCCGAGCAGUGAGGGAUAGUCACCCAUGUACAAAGACACGACAGAAGGCUGUUUUAAGUUAAGGAUCAACCGGCGGGCCGAUUAUUGAAACUGAUCGACAAAGCUAUAGACAAAGACGGAAAAAGGGAUUCGGAGGAGUUGCGUG